AUGGCAGCUAUUGUUGCAUAUCUAGUCAUCUUUACUUUCAUCUCCAGCGCCUUUGCAUAUGAUCCUGACAUGCUUCAAGACAUCUGUGUGGCUAAUCCUUCAGCAGGAAUUAAAGUGAAUGGGUUUACAUGCAAGGCAGAGGCAAAUGUUACAGAAGCUGAUUUUUUCUUUGCCGGUUUAGCCAAACCAGGAAAAGUGAACAAUUCGGUAGGCUCACUUGUAACAGCGGCCAAUGUUGAAAAAAUUCCAGGCCUAAACACACUAGGCGUGUCACUUUCUCGUAUUGACUAUGCACCUGAUGGCCUUAACCCACCUCACACUCACCCCAGAGCCACUGAAAUGAUCUUUGUGUUGGAAGGUGAAUUGGAUGUUGGUUUCAUUACCACUGCGGACAAGUUGAUCUCAAAGGCUGUCAAGAAAGGCGAAAUCUUUGUGUUCCCCAGAGGUCUAGUUCAUUUCCAGAAGAACAAUGGUGACAAGGGAGCCUCAGUGAUUUCAGCAUUCAAUAGUCAGUUGCCUGGUACUCAGUCCAUUGCCAUGACAUUGUUUGCUUCAACCCCAGCAGUUCCUGACAAUGUCUUGACUAAAGCUUUUCAAGUUGGCACCAAGGAGAUUGACAAGAUCAAAGCCAAGCUUGCCCCUAAGAAGUCCUAA